AUGUUGGAAACCUACCUGAACCUCAAAGCUAUAGGCUAUAAUUGCGAAGAGCAUCACCUUGAAGAACAUUUUCAAAAUAAUAGAAGUCAUGAAAGAUGCAGUAAUCUCCAAUAUCAUAAAACAACACAUACUGGAGAGAAACCUCAUGAAUGUAAUCAAUGUGGUAAAGCCUUUGCAAGAUCCAGUUAUCUCCAAAGACAUAAAAUGACACAUACAGGAGAGAAGACUUAUGAAUGUGAUCAAUGUGGUAAAGCCUUUGCACAGCGUAGUAAAUUUCAAUAUCAUAAAAGAACACAUACUGGAGAGAAUCCUUAUGUAUGCAAUCAAUGUGGGAAAGCCUUUGCAUGUCACAGUACAUUCCAAUAUCAUAAAGUAACACAUACUGGAGAGAAACCUUAUGAGUGCAAUCAAUGUGGUAAAGCCUUUGCAUAUCACAGUGCUCUCCAAAUACAUAAAAGAACACAUACUGGAGAGAAACCUUAUGAAUGUAAUCAAUGUGGUAAAGUCUUUGCACAGCACAGUUAUCUCCAAAUUCAUAAAAGAACACAUACUGGAAAGAAACCUUAUCAUUGUAAUCAAUGUGGUAAAGCCUUUGCAGAGCGCAGUAAUCUCCAGUAUCAUAAAAGAAUACAUACUGGAGAGAAACCUUAUGAAUGUCUUCAAUGUGGUAAAGCCUUUGCAUGUCACAGUAAUCUGCAAACACAUAAAAGAACACAUACUGGAGAGAAACCUUAUGAAUGUAAUCAAUGUGGUAAAGCCUUUGCACAGCACAGUCAUCUCCAAAUUCAUAAAAGAACACAUACUGGAGAGAAACCAUAUGAAUGUAAUCAAUGUGGUAAAGCCUUUGCACAGCACAGUGCUCUCCAAAUACAUAAAAGAACACAUACUGGAGAGAAACCUUAUGAAUGUAAUCAAUGUGGUAAAGCCUUUGCACGGUGCAGUACUCUCCAAUAUCAUAAAAGAACACAUACUGGAGAGAAACCUUAUGAAUGUAAUCAAUGUGGUAAAGCCUUUACAAAUCACAAUAAUCUCCAAUAUCAUAAAAGAACACAUACUGGAGAGAAACCUUAUGAAUGUAAUCAAUGUGGUAAAUCCUUUACAAGACCCAGUUAUCUCCAGUAUCAUAAAAGAACACACAUCGGACAGAAAACUUAUUAA